AGCAUGAGAGGAGGCGUCAGGGCCGACUCCAACGCUCAUCUACGGUCAACAAGCCCAGUGGUAGAUCGACAGGUCGUCUACAUGUCAUCGAGUGUGAAGACGAUCCUCAAGAAGAGACCUAUUGCCAUGCCGUUGGCAGCGAUGCCUUAUCUAUAA